CAGAAACGCAUGUUGAUUUAAGAGCAUCAGUCUCGAACUCAGGUCGAUUCAGUAAGUAAAGGUCUCUCACUUUCACUCCUAAAAUAAGUCUUGUCAGUCCAGCAUGACGGGGGCAAAGACAGCAGUUUUUAUCUACUGGCUUCUGGGUUUUGGCGUUUCGGUGUUUGCUGAUGUUUGGAAAGUCGAAGUAGAGUCUGAAGUAAAGGCUUUGGAAGGAUCUUGUGUUGUGUUGCCGUGUUCAUUCAAAUACCCGGGAGUUGUACAGCCCUCUUCUCGUAAGAGUGGUAUUUGGCACAAAGAGAAAGAUUGGAAUUACUUCAUCUUCCAUGAGGAUAGAACACAGAUUGCAGACAAUUUCAAGGAGCGCACAAAAUUGGCUGGUCGGCUGGGUGAUUUAAACUGCUCUUUGGAGAUCGAUGGUGUCAAAAACCACGAUAACGGCCCAUUUUGUUUUAGAGUUGAAUUACAGACGUCUGUGACAGACAAAUAUUCCUUUGUGAAAAACUGUGUGAGACUUAAUAUGAUCGUCGAUGCCCCACCACCAGUGCUGCAUUCAGAUGAUUCUGUUCAUGAGGGUCAACCUGCAGUCUUUAAAUGCUCUGUUAGACACACCUGCCCAUCCCAUCAGCCCACUCUCACCUGGAGCCACAAAGGAAAAGAGUUGGUGACCUAUAAGGAUAUUGGUCAUGGGAACUGGGAAGUGGAAUCGAUUCUGUCCUUCACACCAACCAGUGCGGACGAUCACACCAAUAUUAUAUGCACAGUCCAAUACCAUGGUCUGAGAAAGGGAUAUGAAACUAGCCGUCCAGUCUUUGUGAAAGAACAAGCAACUUACAACCACAUCCUGAUUCCAUCCAUUUGUGCGCUUGGAGCUGCUCUUCUAGUGGGAGUAGUAUGUUUCCUCCUGGUCAAGAGAUACAAGAAGCGUAUUGAAGAUCUCCAGUCCAGAAAUGACAAUAGCAUGUUCAGUCGUCUAUCAAGAAUGUCUCGGAGAUUCCGUUCGGGUGGAAACAACAGCGAGUCAGAUGGAAGACAUCAGAGGAGGUCCAUUUGGGGUAGAUUUUCAAGGAGAGGCCAUGGGGAUCAAACUGACAGCAAUUUGGACAAGAGGUCAAACAAAACAGGAAACAAACCUCGAAUGCCAUCCCCAAAGAGUCAGGCCAAAUCCAGUUCUGGUCAUGAUUAUGAUGAUGACUACACCAACACGGCAGAUCUCAACAUAUACGGAAAUGCUUGAUGAAAAUAUCACAUUGCAAACAUUGUAUGGGCUCCGUACUCUUUUGACCCUAUAAUUCAUGAAUUUAUGACAAAGUCAGUCAAAAAAAAUGUGUGUAGGCCUAUAAGAGUUAUUAUUCCAACUUUUUUUAUAUUUUCACUUGUCCACUGCAGCGUAGAGAGCAGUAUACAUUUUAUUUUUGUUUGAGGAGUUACUGUAGCUGACCACUGCAUAGUGACCUUGAUGCAUGUAAGGGUUAAUGUAAGACUACUGAAACCCAACUAGAUUCACUAAUAAUACAUUUAAAAAAUUCAGUAAUUUGCUAAAUAUUUCACAAUAUUAACAAGCUCUUCUUUUCGAAUAAUCAAAUAUCUGCUUCAAUUCUAUUGUGUUUGUUUGUUUUGUCUCUCUCUCUUUUUAAUGUAUAGACAUAUUAUCGUUUUUAUUUUAGCAUAAUACAGCAAGCAAACAUACCAGAGUGUUAUAGAUAUUGCAUGGCAUUGCAUCUUUAUUGUUUUGUAAAGGCUUUUUAAAACUUUCAGAAUAUAAUUUCACAUUUAGCUGUCUGUAUCUUUCAAAAUUUUGUGAAAAAUUAUUCAUCCAAUCGUGUUUUAAAUAGCUCUUUCUACAUAUGUGUGAGUGAUAAACUUAGAGGGAAGUUAACCCCUCUUGUCAUUUCACAUAAAAAAGAUGAUAUUUUGAAGAAUUAUGGUUACCGAAACAGCUCCGUCACCUAUUCACUUCUACUGUACGGCCACAAAACCAGAACUAGUCAAUGGGUACCUCCAUUGUUCGAUUAAAAACAUUUUUCAAAAUGUCUGCGGAAUAUAGAAAGUAAUAUAUUUUUUUUCUUGGCUAAUGACUCCCUUUAAACUAUUGCCGUAAUGUAUCAUGUUUUAUUUUUGAGCAUCACUGAAUGUGUUUGUAAUAGUUGUGUGUGAGUCUGAUCCUUUGCUCGGAAAGAUCAACAUCACUCCUGAACAGGGAUCAAACAUGCAUAAUAUGCUGAAAAUAUAAAUAUUGUGCAGGACCUGAUGGAUUUUCUGAAGCCCACAGAAAGCUCAACUGCUUUAAGUAGAUCACACAGUAGAUCACACAAGAAGGUCUUUAACAACUAUCACAAAAUAGAAAAACUGUUAUUGAUGUCAAAGUAGAUUGCCUAUAACUGACCAUACUGCUUACAGUACCAUAUGUGACUAUGUAAUAUUGUAUUUGAUGAUAUACAGCAAUAUAACUUUUUUUAAAUCUUUUUAUAUUCUGUACUUCACUGCAUCCUAAAUACUUCUUAAUUAUUUGUUUAAUCUUUUGAACAGUUCUCCUUUGAGAUAUUUUGAAACCAUAGGAUUUUUGUAUUUCUGUAUUGUCUCAUAUAAUGUCUGUGUUAAUUAGUUGAAGAUCAAACAUUUCAUGUUUGUUCAUUAAAAAUCAUUGCAUCACAAGUUCCUUUUUCUUAUUGUGGUAUUUAGGGGUCACUCCAGGGAAGUAUUGCACAUCUGAACUUAGUCAAUUUCUAAAAAUAUGUUUUUUUAAAUGCAUUUUUUGAUGAUUUUUUUGGAUAGUCCACAUUGUACAAAUUAAGACACUUGAAUAAAGAAUU